CCGCGCUGGAAGCCGGAGGAUUGGGCUUGGCCGCGUGCUGCGCUUUCAUGGAGCUUCUGGCGGCUGCGGGAGGCUGGGUCUUGCUGCCGUCCCGUCUGGCCGCGUCGGUUCUACCGGAGCCCGGGCCCUGUCUCCUGAUCGCGGCCGGCAUAUGGGGCCAUGGCCCGGCUCCUGGGGCACCGGGAGGUCCCCGGCGCGGAGCCUGGCAGCGCAGUCCGAGGGGGUCGAGGUGGCCGCGGGGCCCGGGCGCGCCACGUCAUUAUCAACGUCGGGGGCUGCAGGGUGCGUCUGGCCUGGGCCGCGCUGGCCCGCUGUCCCCUGGCUCGCCUCGAGCGCCUGCGAGCCUGCCGCGGCCACGACGAGCUGCUGCGCGUGUGUGACGACUACGACGUGAGCCGCGACGAGUUCUUCUUCGACCGCAGCCCGUGCGCUUUCCGCGCCAUCGUGGCGCUGCUGCGCGCCGGCAAGCUGAGGCUGCUGCGCGGCCCGUGCGCCCUGGCCUUCCGCGACGAGCUGGCCUACUGGGGCAUCGACGAGGCGCGGCUGGAGCGCUGCUGCCUGCGCCGUCUGCGCCGUCGCGAGGAGGAGGCCGCCGAGGCGAGCGCCGCGCCGCCCGCCCGAGGGCCGCAGACCAGCCCGGGCCGAGCCCUGGGGAGCGGGCGGCUGGAGCGAGGCCGACGGCGCCUGCGCGACGUGGUGGAGAACCCGCACUCCGGGCUGGCGGGCAAGCUCUUCGCCUACGUCUCCGUGGCCUUCGUGGCCGUCACGGCCGUGGGCCUGUGCCUAAGCACCAUGCCUGACGUCCGCGCAGAGGAGGAAAGGGGCGAGUGCUCCACCAAGUGCCGCAACCUCUUCGUGCUGGAGACGGUGUGCGUGGCCUGGUUCUCCUUCGAGUUCCUGCUGCGCUCCCUGCAAGCCGAGAGCAAGUGCGCCUUCCUCCGUACGCCUCUUGCCAUCAUCGACAUCCUGGCCAUCCUGCCCUUCUACGUGUCGCUGCUCGCGGGACUGGCCGCAGGGCCCACGGGCAGCAAGAUGCUGGAACGCGCGGGGCUGGUACUGCGGCUGCUGCGGGCGCUGCGCGUGCUCUACGUGAUGCGCCUGGCGCGCCACUCGCUGGGGCUGCGCUCGCUUGGCCUCACCGUGCGCCGCUGCGCGCGCGAGUUCGGACUGCUGCUGCUCUUCCUCUGCGUGGCCAUGGCGCUCUUCGCGCCGCUCGUGCACCUGGCUGAGCGCGAGCUGGGCGCUCACCGCGACUUCUCCAGCGUCCCCGCCAGCUACUGGUGGGCAGUCAUCUCCAUGACCACCGUGGGCUAUGGAGACAUGGUGCCACGCAGCCUUCCGGGCCAGGUGGUGGCGCUGAGCAGCAUCCUCAGCGGCAUCCUGCUCAUGGCCUUCCCUGUCACCUCCAUCUUCCACACCUUCUCGCGCUCCUACUCGGAGCUCAAGGAGCAGCAGCAACGCGCGGCCAGCCCUGAACCGGUCCUGCGGGAGGACAGCACACGCGACGACAGCACGCGUUCGGCCAGCGCCACCGAGGACAGCUCCCAGGACCCGGAGACCGCAGGCGCGGCAGGGACCUUGCCAGGCCCCGUGGGACCCUGAGCUGUACUGAGAGCUUCAGAGUCAAAGCCUCGGAGGACACUAAGCUCUGGCUGACCCAGGAGUCGCAAACUUGGUCUGGCAUGUAGUCUUUGCAGCUGCCUUGGCUCCCCAAGCAACCCUGAGCUUCGCGUAGCCUGGAGGAGAUCGCAACCUGGUCUUUCUUUUUCCUUUUAUUUUUCCCUCCAGUUUUAAAUUUUCUAUGGUUAAUUAAAAAUUGAGUCCCAGAAAUUCCAAGUCUUAAGCAAAUAUCAGCUACCCUGGACUAAAGUUUUGCCCUUCUGUGCUCUUAAUCUAGGGCAGCCCCAGGGAACAGAAGAUGGCAUUUACCUGGUGACCCUUAGUGGCCAAUACCCCAUCGAAAAGGGGGCAUCAGCUGACAUCUGUCACUGCCAGCGUCCACAUCACCUGCCAAGUGUUGGGUAGUUGACAGGACCCUUAGCCCCCUAGUUCUGCCUAUCCACCCUUUGCAGGGGGGAAGAAAUCUCAGAGUUGACCUCUGUUCCCCCAAACCAUCUCAAUCAGAUGAUAAGACCCCUGCUCGCUUGCAUAGUGGCCUUUUAACCCUUCCCCUGCCCUCCUCCCUGGUCUGCAGGAAUGUUGCCAGUCUUCGAGGGAUAUUGGUGUCUCUUCUGGUAGGACAUUUCCCUCAGAUGUGGCUCAAGUGAAAAGCGAAAACCUUGAACAAGGGUAGUGGGCUAAGGAGGCGGUUCAGGGAGAAGUCGGCGAGGGCACAGCCAGGAGGGGGCAUGGCCUUCCUCUACUCCAUGGAGGCUGUUGCUUUGCCCUGUUUCAACAAGCCUCAGGCGGUGGCCUGAGCCUGCGAUUGUGGCACUUGGGAAGUAGGCACAGAGGAUCGGAAGUUCGGUGAGCACCCAACAUAGUCACAGACGCUCUGUCGGAAGUAAGGUCCUCGGUCUGCAGUCCAUCAUCACUGCCUGCCAUAUAGUAGCUUUCAGCAAGGCCCCUAUGGGAGCUCAGGACAGGCCCAUUUGGGGCUCUUACACCACAGGCUUUGCAAGAAAUCUACUGCAACCAAAUAAAAAAAAAAUUGCCAGCCCCUCCUCACGGCAGUAGGCUGAGUUCCUCUCA